UUGUCAGUGGCGCAGUUUAGCUUCCCACUCUUCCGCUUCUCUGAUAUAUUCGCAGUUUAAAUAUUCUCUAGUUGUCUCUGAUAUUAUUAGUCGACUCUCUCUUGUUCUUCGUCUCGUUUAUGCCGUGAUUUAAGAGGAUGUUACGAUCCGUGGGGUUAAGAAUUCUUCUCUUAAGCGUGGGGUUGGUGCUUUCAGACAAAGAUAGUUUCAAGAAAGUGGGAGACAAAGUAGUCCUAUCUCCAGGCUCUGUGUCUGAUCCCAUCACCAGCAUCACGUGGAAACAUGGCCCGGACAUCGCUGUGGAGUGGUACGGAAGUGAUAUAGUUCCGUACCGGGACUUCAGAGGUCGGUGUGAGGUGAGUACUUCCACUGGAACGCUGACCCUCUCAAACGUGACUGUAAAGGACAGCGGCAUCUACACAGCAGAGAUCAACAACAGAGUCAUGAGUCCGACUAAAAUCACUGUUCUCUCUGCUGUCCCCAAACCCACUGUCUCCAAAUCAUGCAACCCUGAGAUGACCAUCUGUACUCUCACCUGUGAAGCCAGCAUCACAGAUGACACCAAACCAGUCACCUAUUCCUGGAUGACAGGUGACAAGCAGACAGCUCAGCCUUCAAGCAAUCAGCUCACAAUAGCAAAGAACGAUACAGGAUCUGUUGAAAAAUCAAUCAGCUGUCAGCUGGAAAACCCAGUUAGCAGUGAAAGGAGUGACAAUAUAAUCAUUUCAUUUGCAAGUGGUGAUUCACUGCAUUGGAUCAUACCAGUAGUGAUUGUGUUGCUUGUGUUGAUAGUGGCUGUAAUUGUCUUUUUUCUUUGCAAAAAAUACAGAAAGCGAGAAAUCAAAACACAAGACGAAGCAAAUAGACCAGAAGAGAUGGUACAAUUGGUUGGGAUACAGAGUAAUGGAGCAGAUUUGUCAGUCCAAGGAACAUCAUCGUCCUCUGUGGUCCCAGCAUUAAAUUCACCCAACAAUGUAGUGACAGCUCCUCAGAUACACAAUGAAAACGAGUUGAUGUCCGCAGAUGAUGAAAAUGAAGCAGAGAUGUCAAAAACUACGUCAGAAGUCAAGGAUGAACCUAGUCAGGACCAAACACCUGCAGCAUCCACAGAUUCCAGCAGUAAACCUGGUGAGUAAACUGAAAGUGAGAUGAAUUCGAGUUUCAAACACACGUGCAAAAACAGACAAACACACACUUACUCAAAACUCUGCCUGGAAUACUGACAGAUCUGCUGACACUUUUCUGUCCAGUGUUUAAGUUGAUCAUUUCUAAAUGACAAAUCUAACUUAGAUCCUGAUGUUUGAGAUCACAUUAGUUUCUGAGACUCAGCAAGCUGCUCUGAAACAAGCCAGGAAUGUAAUAUUGUCUAAGAUGAAGAUCUGCAGGCAUUCUUUUUUUUUUUUUGCA